CCAACCGCAACUUUCAUUUUUGGCAUUGUCAGUUUGUCACGCCAUCUUUUUGGCUCAGAUAUCUUUCGCACCCCCGCCGGUACGCUUCCUGCCAUCUCUACCCUCCAAUACGACUCGAUAACCCAACGGUCCCCACGAGAACCGAUCCAACGGUACCCAACGUAGAUAAGACCGACUCCCGCACCACACCAUAACCUUUCUCCAUCCUCCUUUCCUUUUUCCCAUUUCUUUAUUUUUUCUCCCUUCCUUCAGCAUCUUUCGCUCUCCCACAUUAAAUUAAAUUGUAUUUAUAUUUGGGGGCAUUAAAUAUUAAAUAAUUAAAAUUUCCCCCGUCCUCUUUAUUUUUUUUAUGAACACAUUUUGACCGGAUCUUCCCUUUCCCCGUCCCUCUAUAUAACCCCUUCCCCGCUCUCUUCUCUUUCCACAUCUUCCCUCCCUUUUAUUUAUUCAUUUACUUUUAUCUUACUCUCUGCUAAGACAAGCUCUUUCCCAAUGGCGGAAACACCAUUGAAGCGCCACAGAGAAGAAACUCAGAUCGAGGAGCUAGAUGACUCGAAGCGCCACAAGUCCUACAACCACAUACUCUCUCUCCUGGAGGCAGAUCACGAAGAGGAACCGAAUUCAGAUCUGUCCUCCCUCAUCACCACCCUCCAGCAGGAGCUCUCCACCGAAUCCGCCUUCGAUCCUCCGCCAUGUUACCCCGCGCAGUCGCUCCCCGACGAAAAUUUAUCCUCCGCGGCCUCCGCCGGAGAUUACUCCUCUCCUUCUUCCCUCAACCUGACGAAGGAGGACGAUAAAGAGAGGGUUAUUAGGCAUCUGCUGGAGGCCUCCGAUGACGAGCUCGGGAUUCCGAGCAGCGAAAUCAGAGUAGACGAAGGAGAGGGAGAUUUCAACGGCGGCGAUUGUUUCUCUCUCUACGGCGGUUUGUGGGAGUUCGAAGACGAGGCAGCUAACUACAAUACCUUGUUGCAGUCUGAGCUUUUCAUGUAGCCGUCAAUGGCUUUGGGGUUCAAAAGACAAAUAGUAGAAAUUGUAGGGGUUUCAACAGGAAAAGAGUGAAGCUGGGGGAGGCAAAUGGUCGAGAAAUGGAGGCGUUUUUUGGGUUUUCAUUUUGGUCCCCCAACUCUUGUAUAAUAUUUAGAUCAUUCCUUUCUGUUUUAGGAACGUUUCAAAUUGUAGAAGAAAAAGAAUCAUUCUUAUUUAA